AUGGCUCAUCGCUUCCACGUCGGCGCAUCCGCCGGGCAACACCUCCUUGAUCCAAUGUCGCAAGGAAUCGGAAUCAUGAGAGAUAUCUUCUCAAGCUGGUCGGAACUGGAUAUUACCCAAAUUGGAUCGCUUAUCGCCAUAGCCGGCACGCUCCCUACGGCUUGGAGAUUCGCACAUCGCGUUUGGCAAGAAGCUUACAGUACAAUCAGGCGCUUUUUUCUUGCUUCGGUUACAAUUCCUGGGGGCGACCCUCUUAAUAGGAGUGUUGUCAAAUGGAUUCUGGCCAACCGGGAACGACACUACCGCUCAUUUCAUGGACGCACUGACAUUGGACAAAACGGAGAUCGCGCUGCAGCUCUCAAAAAGACACGGCAUUCGAUUCAAGUCAGCGAUUUCAGCUCUUCACUAUCGGAUCCUAGUUACGACGGCAUUGGGGGCGAGGAAAUCACCGUAAGCUGCUUCGGUUGGUCAGCGGAGCCUAUCAAAACGUUUAUCGAAUCAUGUCGCGAAUUCUCAGAUCGACAGACACAGUUCUUUGUUAUUAUUUACGCCCGGGAUCGUUACGGACUAUCAUGGAAACCAAAGGCCCGCAAGCCAAUUCGACAUCUCGAAACUGUUCACUUCGACAACGAGACUAAGCAGGAACUUCUCGGCGAUAUUCGAAAUUACCUUGAUCCCAAAACGCAAAAGAGGUAUCAGAGCCGCAGUAUGCCCUACAGACGGGGCUAUCUCUUCUAUGGCCCCCCUGGAACUGGAAAGUCAUCUUUGUCUGUUGCCAUCGCUGGUGAAUUCGGGCUGGAUCUGUACGAAGUUAAAAUUCCAAGCGUUGCCACAGAUGCCGAUCUUGAGCAGAUGUUCCAGGAAAUUCCACCUCGCUGUGUCGUCUUGCUCGAAGAUAUCGACGCCGUAUGGACAGAUCGCUCCAAUUCAGAUAACGGACAGGAGAACAACGCUGCGCCAAACUGCACGCUAUCCGGACUUUUGAACGUCCUAGACGGCGUGGGCUCUGUGGAAGGGCGAAUCAUUAUAAUGACCACCAACCGCCCCGAACAAUUAGACAGCGCGUUAGUCCGACCUGGCCGAGUCGAUAUGAAAGUUCUCCUGGGCAAUAUCAGUCAAAAGUCUGCGGAGGAGAUGUUCAUCCGCAUGUUUGCUCCCGACUUGGGCUGCACGUCACAUCUCGAUAUGGAUGAGAUGAAAGAGCUUGCUGCUGAGUUUGCAAAGGAGAUCCCAGAUGAUACGUUUACGCCUUCUUUAUUGCAAGGCUUCUUCCAAUUACACUUGGAAAGCCCUCAAGAGGCUGCCUCAAGCAUAGGGGCUUGGGUUAAAAAGGAGCUUGAGAAAAGCUCAGAAAAGGAGUUUGAGGUUAUUACUGGUAAGAGGAAGCUAUAG